AUGUUUAUGAUCCGCAAUGUGAGCAAGUUCCUCUUCGGGGAUACUUCCAAAGAGUCUAUCAUCGAGAUCCCUCAGGGCGAGCUUUAUCUAGUCCGCCCUCUGUCACCCAAGGGGUACUCGGAACUUAUCUUCAAGGACGCGGCUGCGUCGAUCCGACGUACCGGACAAGAGUAUCAAUAUCAACUUGUUAUCCAAAGAGCCUACGAGGAGGGCGAGGAAGAACUAAGCGCCGACGAAGACGAGCAAGGUGGCGUGGAUAACUUCGACAAAGACGAGAAGAUCUUCCUUCUUGACGAGGCUUUGCACUUCCGUACUGAAGUCCGCGAAGGGGGCGCCAAGGUUCUGGCCUGGAGAGACCUGAGCGGUGAUAUCGGCGACCUGUACGAAUUCGUUUGCGACCCGUCCGUACCAGCCGAUAAGAUCCCUACUUUUGAGCUGGCUGCCUUCCAGUGCCAGUACGAGCGGAAGUACCGACAAAGCGCUCAAAAAGCAACCGAGCAGGAUCUUCAACAGUUCUCGUACCAAGAGGAGAAGCCCAUCCCCUCCGCGAGCCCCAUCGCAUCACCAACCAAGUCUCGCGCUCACUCGCUUACUUCUGGAGAUUCAGCCGCUGCGAUGGCCAAGGAUGUUGAAUAUCAGAAGUCCAAAGGACAGAUCAAGCCAGUUGACAAUGGAGAGGAGCCCACUGUGGCACCGCCAUCGGCAGAACAGCCUGAAGCCAAGGAAGUUCUUGCAAAGGAAAAGGCUGAACUGCAUAUGUUUGACUUCCCAAGUGGAACGUUCGUUAUCCAAGACACCGAGGUGACUGCCACUGUAUCUGAGAUCGGUAACUGGCAGUAUUGGCUUCAAAUCAGCGGUACUGAGAAGGAAUGGCUUGGACAGGCUGUUGUCGCGGAUAUUAACCCUGUCUUUAACUUUGAAUAUCUUUCCUUUAUCUUCAACCACUACGCUGAGGAUGGCUCCGCAUACUCUUGGCUCUUACGUUUCAAAGACCAAGAAACUGAGGAACGCUUCCAGGAGGGUCUGAUGCAAGCGCUUUGGGAACAACUGAACGAGAUGAAAUGGGUCAAGGUGAAGGAGGACGACCGGGAAUAUGUCUUGGAUGCCUUCCAGGACCUUACCAUGGAGGACGCAGCCGACAACCUGGAGGAGGAAGAAGAGGAGGAAGAGGAAGAGGAGGACCAGUACGACGGUCAACGCAGUGAACACUAUGACAGCGAUGAAGAAGAGGACGAUGUGGUUACACACGAUGACGACGGCAAUGUCAACUCGCAACUUGCAGUCGGUUACAAGCACGAUAGAUCGUUUGUUGUCCGGGGUUCCAAGAUUGGUGUCUUCAAACACACUCCAGACAACAACCUUGAGUUCUCUACCAAUAUCUCUAAGGUGGAGACACCAAACGGCAAACUGUUCAGCCCCAAGAAGGUCAUGUUGCAUGCCGAGGACUCCAACAUGAUUCUUCAAAAUGGGGACGACCCUAACUCUCUUUAUCGCAUGGACCUAGAGUAUGGUAAGAUUGUCGACGAGUGGAAGGUUCAUGACGAUAUUCCUGUCAGCACAUUUGCACCAGAAACCAAAUUCUCCCAAAUGACCAAUGCUCAAACUUUCGUUGGAGCCUCUCAGAAUGCGCUCUACCGCAUUGAUCCCCGUCUGGCAGGCAACAAACUUGUCGAUGCGGAUUUGAAGCAGUAUGCUAGCAAGAACGACUUCUCCUCCGUGGCCACGACUGAAAAGGGAUACAUCGCUGUCGCUUCGAACAAGGGAGAUAUUCGCAUGUUCGACCGCCUGGGGAUCAACGCCAAGACCCAUAUUCCUGCACUGGGCGAACCUAUCAUUGGUCUAGACGUGUCCGCCGAUGGGCGCUGGGUUCUCGCCACCUGCCGUACCUACCUUCUUCUCAUCGACUCCCUGCAGAAGGAAGGCAAGAAUGAAGGCAAGCUUGGUUUCGAGCGUUCAUUCGGCAAAGACGCUAAGCCCCAACCUCGUCGUCUUGGUCUCCAGCCGGCACAUGUCGCACAGUUCCAGCAUGAAACCAAGAAGCCUCUCGCUUUCACCCAAGCUCGCUUCAAUACCGGUGUUGAUUCACAAGAGACGUCGAUUAUCACGGCAACGGGUCCGUUCAUCGUCACAUGGAGCUUGAAGAAGGUGCUUGCUGGACGCAAGGAUCCCUAUACGAUCAAGCGGUACUCUGAAGAGGUUAUGGCAGACAACUUCCGAUUUGGUUCUGACAAGAACGUCAUUGUCGCUUUGCCGAACGAGGUCAACAUGGUCGCCAAGAGAGCUCUCCAGAAGCCCACUCGUGAGAGUAUUGCAGGGCCCCCAGUCACCCCAAGCCGUCGCAGCACCCGGUGGGGCAGCCGGUUGGGACGAGAUGAUAUUGUCAACUCACCAUACUAA